CCUGUCUAUUAUCACGAAUUUCCAAUCAGAACUGUGAAUUUGCUCGAAAUUGUGAAAACCCGAAAACUAGGGGCAAUAAACAAGCUACAGAUUACAAAUAUCUUAUCAAAUUCAUCAAGCUCCCGUACAGGUUAACAAUUGCAGAAUCAUUUGGCCAUAAAGAAAAAUUGCACUACAAAGCCACUCUGCGUUAAUACGAUUGCAGUAAGCUGACAAUUGCUAAAAACGCAAGUUUGAGGAAGUUCCACUUACCGGAUAUCGUGCACGCAUCAUCACGGACAUAGUGGAUCCGUUUGAAUAUUUUGACUUUGACGAAAUGGAUUUUUGGGGGUUGUUGACAUUCAUAUUCCUAGCGGUGUUCUUCAUAAGCUGCUGCAGCUAUUGUUGCACCACAAAGCGACACGGUGCUGUAUUGUCCACACCAGUUGUUGUGACAUCAACUACACACACUGCACCUGGCGGCUAUCCAGUUACACAAAUGCCGCCCGCCACUGGUUAUCAGCAGCAGUCCAUGUACCCACCGUAUCCAACGCAAACAGGCGUUCAUGGAGAGAUGCCCAUGCCGAUGCCCGUCGCCCAACCGCCAGCGCCUGGCAUACAACCUUACGUUACACCUUAUCCACCGAUGCCUGCGGCUGCGAUGAAUCCACCCAGCUAUGACGCUGCUGUGGCAGGUGUAGGUACUGGUCAACCAAAUAAUGCAAGCAGUGGCUAUGAGAAGCAGGCUCCCUACAAUCCCCACUAUAAUGCAUACUAAUAAGGAAAAACUACAAAUCGAUGUAUACAUAUAUAGUGAAUAUAUAAUUUAUACAGGCAUACAUGCUACAUAUGUACAUACUUAUGUAUAUUGUAUACUUAUAAAUUAAGUAAGCCAUAUUACGAUUGAUAAUGUUUAAGACAUUGCUUUCUACAAAAUGAUAAUUUCUUUUUCACAAAAUUGAAAUUAAUAAGAAAUGCGCAAUGACGACAUACAAUGGAAUGUAUAGAGCUUCUGUUAAUGAGUCUAUUCAAGACAGCGAAAAUAAGUUAAAAAUAAAUUUAAAAGCAAAAUUAAACUAUUCGAAAAAAAGAAAAUAUACCUACAUACACGUACGUAUGAGGAUAAGAACCGGUAAUAUAAUUAAAAAUUUAUAUCAGCAAGAUGAAGGGUAUAAGCAUAAUUUUUUUUUGUAAUUCAAUUCAUCUUUUAUACGAGUACCAUGUCGUUUGUAAAUAUUUACAUACAUCAUAAAUAAUUACCAAUUUUUUUCUUUAAAUUGCUAUAUAUUAAAUUUAACUUAACCAAAGUAUGCUUAGUUAACAAGGAAGUGUGAAUGGAAGAUAUUGGAAAUGAACAUAACAAUAAUGGAAGCAAUAUAAAUACAGAAAUUAUUAGUUUCAGUGAAAUAUUUAUUGCAACAGAAGCGUAAAGUUACUUUUUUUUAUUUUAUUUUAUAUAUUGUUUUCAAUAAGUUAAUUAUAAAUGAAGUAUUAGAUAUGCUAUAAAGAAAUCGUAAAUAUGUAUUAUUAAAU